CGGGUUCGAGGCUAGACGCGCCGGCGGUGCGAGCGCGAGUGAGCGUCUGCUCGCAAAUGGAAAGAGCGCCUGCGCCUCGGCACUCCGCUGGUUCCCACAGGCGGUGCGCGUGCUUGGCGUAACGAGUGCCUUGGAUCUCCGUGACGCCUCCGCAUGCGUUGAGCUGUUUGGUGCACGCCACGAACAUGCCGUUAUAGCGGUGGCCGCAUCUGGGCCGACUGGCAGCGAUGUCCAGGAUUUCACUACCGUCGUCGGCGAGAGUUGUGCCAUCGAAAAGUUCAUCUAGCACCUGGUCGCUGCUCUAACUGACAAGUUGCCGUUUUGUUUUCGUUGUUUUUGUUCUUUCGUGCCCGUCUCUCGCUUGGGACAUCCAAGUCACCCCCGCAUCAACCAUGGACAUCUUGCCGAGUGGAAAUAUCUUUCAUGAGCUGCAAGCGAUCCACGACACUGGUUUUUUCCCGGCCCAGCCGUCGCUGGAGGAUUUCUGGCAACAGACCAUUUGGGAGAUGGACCGAUACCUAAAGGACGAGCCCCGGGACGCGACGUCCAAGCGCUGCUCUGGCCGUGAGCUGCCUUCGUCGACAGAAGAAGCGGCGCGGCUGUGGGAAGAGUGCAGCAGCCCCACCGACGCCAAGCUGCUCCUGGCUGACUCUGGCAUCGGCAGCAGCGACCUGGGCGACUCGAGUGAGGCCGAGGGCGACCGCCUCUCGGACGACCUGGACUUUGGCGCUGGCGCUAUGGACAACGCGAGCGAGAGCUCGGCCUCGAGCGCACUCUCCUGGGAGAGCGACGGCUCGGCCAAGGCCCAGCCGCCAUUCAGCCUGGUGCAGCGUGCCGCCCUCACGCCGCCUUCGUCUCCUGAAGCCGUCAGACCCCGUGCGGGUCGCAGUGGACGCCACGCCGCCGAGCCGAGCGGCAACGCAGCCGCCGCGCCUCUGCUCGCGGCUGCCGGAGCCGCCGCCAAGCAAGCGCACUUCCACCACGCGGCUCGCGGAGGCCGCCGCUUCGACGUGGACUCGAGCAAGCGCCGCAUCCACCGUUGCCAGUUCAACGGCUGCAAGAAGGUCUACACCAAGUCGUCACAUCUCAAGGCGCACCAGCGGACACACACAGGCGAGAAGCCGUACAAGUGUUCGUGGGAAGGCUGCGAGUGGCGCUUUGCCCGCUCGGACGAGCUGACGCGGCACUACCGGAAGCACACGGGCUCCAAGCCGUUCAAGUGCAACCACUGCGACCGGUGCUUCUCGCGCUCGGACCACCUGGCCCUGCACAUGAAGCGCCACCAGUGAGAGAGCGGCGCCAGCAGCAGCAGCGAGCACGACCCGGGCCCGCCGCGCGGAGCGCGCCUCCUCGUCGGAACACCCCCCUCCCCUGCCCCCCAUUUGUCAGCCCCGUCUUUCUCGUCAUCUCUGAGCAUCAUGGCACGAGCGUGUCCUCCGAAUCACUUUUACCGCGCGGUAAUCGAGCCACUCUGAGAACUCGAGGAUGGCAAAAAAAAAAAAAAAAAGAGAAAGUUAUCUGCGCGCGCGAACAGUUGGAGUUGCUACUGCGACUUCCUUCUUGACAACCUCUCCCUUAGGCUCGUGUUGCGAAUACGUGUCGUUAGCCCGGCCAAGGUACGGUGCACGAAACGUCCGCGUUACAGCACGCUGCCGAUUCAAUAUGCAAGUCAAUUACAAAGUUAAGCGAGAGAAAAAAAAACAAAAAUAAAAAAAGUUACGGCGAUCUUUCAGAUAAAAAGGCCUCACAUGUGCUUGCCCUCCCUUGCAGCAGCAGCUGCCUGUUGAAACCCUGACGAGCAGUUGUGCACAGUGGUUCGAGCGUUUCGCGAACGCUUAGUUAACGUCUCUUUCUAGCUGUUCACUUCAAACAGACAUUUUUCGAUAUUUUAGCGCUUCAGUUUUAAUUUGAACUACCCUGUGCACAGAGACCAAAUGCAACAUGCUGCUGCGGAUACCAUUUUUCUGGUGAAGACAAGAGGGACAAGGAAAGGUCGGGGUCAUUUGCAUUUCUCUAUUUCUGCAGUCCCACUCAUCCUUUAUUUAUUUCCUCAUCGAGUACGCUAGUUCUAACACUAACGAAGCGCGCUCUCGAUCCACGCCACAGACGACCUUGGUCCGUAUCGUUUUUUUGUUGUUGUUUUUUUUUUUCGGUCACUGGGAGCUACCGUGCGCCCCACGCCCCACCGCGUCACACGACGUCCCACCUCGGAGCGCCCGCAACGCUUGCCCUUGUCGGUGCGCACCUCUCAUCUCCUCUUGAGUGUGCAGGCUUUCUUACACCAAAACGAGAGCAACUAAAGAGCGCGGGUUCUCUCUUGCUUGAUUCCUACCCGGAAAAAAACAAAAAACGCACGGUUUUGAAGCAGCGGUGCUGUCGUAUUGCCAAAACGGAACGCGAUUUCCUUGCCGUAUCUGACGGCUACACCAAAGAGUUGCGCCGCUUGUCCUUCGAUCUUUCCUCGGGCGGGUGGCAACAGCGCGGCGGCCUCAGCGGGUCCGCCAGGAUGCUUGUAGAAAAGGAACGGGGAGCGCGGUCUCUUCGCGACGGCCAGAGGUGAUCGGGGAGGUUGUUUUCGUUCUGGAGAGAGUGCGUAGCGUGCGCGGGGAAUGCAGGAGCUUCGCGCGGGAUCCCGUUAGGAGUGUGUCCUUCCCUGCCCCUUUUUUCCCGAACCCUGCCGCCCACUUGGAAUACAAAGGACAUCGUCACGGCGCUCAGUGACUGCGCGUGGACGAACGUUCGACGGCGCCGGACACCUCCGAGGAGUCGGCGGCCCAACCCCCACAAUUCCCCGGCACCACCGCCGACGACGACGCGGAUGCGUGUGGACAAUGCUGCUUCGCGUUUCUGAAAGACUUUGACUCGAACCGUCUCGCUUGUGGAUGUGCGUGUGCAUGCAUUACAUACUGGUGUUCGUUCCCCUCGCUACACUCUUCCCAGUCCCCUUUCCCUCCUCACAUAAACAUACAAACACAUACAAACAUGCAUUCUAUAUUCCCCCAUUUCAUAUGAGUCCCUGUUGUUUGUUACGGUAUGAAGUAAUCUUGCCUUCUAAAGCGCCGUUACAUUUCGCUCCAGUUGCUGUCUGACUGGUUACUACAAUUUAAUGUCUUUCUUUUCUUCUUCUUAUUCUGUUAUUGCUUACGUUAUGCUGUCCAGUAAAUGAAUCUUGUGAGCAAAUCAUGGUGCAUCCACAAACGAUUUUUUUUUUCAGCGGAAAGAUGUCAUUUUAGACCAAACUAAAUGAAAAAGAACAAAAAAAGUACGAGUCUAUGCGGACGCCGUGUGGAGCUUCCAGUGGUUUUCAGUGAACAUUUUACAUUUCGUUUGUUCAAAGGCGCUAACACUGCCUGCCGAAGUGUGAUGGCUUGCGAAGCCGUUUGUGCCAGCUGAAGCGCCUCUCGUUCGGCACCGCGCUGCACACGCAGCUAGUGCAGCGCAACUCCAGAACGAUCGGCAGCCAAGCCACGCGACUGUGUACAUUUUCUGUGUCUCAUUAUCGCCUUCUUUCUAUUCUAUACGUGUUCACGUGCGCAUGCGUGUAUCAUGUUCACAGCUUACUUUGGUUUCUUUUUUUUUUUAACACUUACGGAUUUUUGCGGCUCUGUAAAGUGAGCCGCUUCCCACCGCAGAUGCGAUCGAGCACUGUGUCGCAUAUCGAGCGGUUCAAAAUGCAGUGUAUAUGAGAAACUUACUUUUUUGAUUAAUUCUUGUUGUUGUUGUUUUUUUUUUGUCAUUUUUCUCUCGUGUUUUUGAGUAUCACAUAUAUUUUGAUAUCGCCCCUUUCCGCCUGUCAGCACCGUCCUUUCCCAGUUUUAUGUGACCUUCAUAUCCAGUUUCUUGAGUAAUACGUCGUCUUGUUGUUGAAAUGCAGUUUUUAUGUCGCGUACGUUGUGCAUGAAACAGAGCUUGUAUAUGUAGAGACUAUUGCUUUCGCGAUUGUUAAUCUGUUUGUUUUUUUCUUGCUUCUGUAUACUUUGAUGAAUCGGUACUGCCCGUAAGUGCAAAAUGUCUAAGAAAGUAAUGAAAUCAAUGUUCAGGAAAUUUGACCGUUGUAUAUAGAACGGUAACACCUGUUCUUGGGAGGACGUCAAUUUUCCUGGUUUUCUGAAAAGUGCAAAAUAUUUCGCUAGUACCUCGCGUAUUUCUUUUCUCUUUUUUUUUUUUUAAAGAAUCGCAUGUUUCGACCGGGAUUAGGCAAAAUGCCUCAAGGAAAAUUAUUUUCGGGAUAAAUUUCGCAUAUAAGCGCGCCUCAUAGGUAAUGAGUUCACGAUCGAGAUAUAUAAGCCAGAGGAGGUGCUAUUGAACGACUUGUCUCUUUGAAGAAGCACGAAGCAUACCACUUCUAAGCGUGACUGGGCCAGCGAACCGAACGGUCCGCGGGUUACAGCUCUAUAUGACCAAAACCAAAUGGCAUUAUAAUGGAAACGUUUUUCGUGCUAGUCUUUCGAUUCAUUGAAAGGAGAAGAAAAAGAACUGUGCAUCAUUCAUAACCCAAAUACGACAAGACUGACAUGCAGACUAUUAACCGCAGUGCACCGCGCAUAAUCAUACUGCUCUAGUCCCGUCACAAAAUAUGCUUUUUUGUGUGUGUACAGAGAGAAAGAUAUAUAUAUGUAAAUUCGUCCAGCUGUAUUGGAACCAAAAAAGCUGCUGAAAAACCGACAAAAAACAAUAAAAAAAGGCUGUGUUUGCUUCUGCCCAAAUCCUACUUAAACCGAUCUUACGCCGCUAUUUCCUAGAGCUGUCUCAGCGCAGAGUAUUCGUGGGUCGCGAGUUGGAAGCUCAAAAUGGACAGGCAAACAACGCCUUACGUGUGAGAGGAAGAGCGAUUUAAGGGAGGUUUUAUUCACCACACCCAUCCCGUUGCAUACUUCAAAAAGUGCCAUGUUUUGAGAGUCGCGUGUUGGAUACAAAGAGUGUGAAGCAAUGUUUCCUGCGUGUAAUCGUCAUGUUGUUUUUCGUACGUUUUACAACGCAAUUCCAGCUAUCAUUCUGCUUGUUUACCAUUUAAGAGUGUUCUCUGUUCCUCUCGAGUGCAUUGCGCGCGCAUUGUGUCACUAGCGGCUGCUGUUUGUUUAUCGCGUGUCAUUGAUACAUUGCCACUGUUUUCUCCGCAUCGUCGCUUUCGAGCUGCUUCAACUCACCAGUGAUCGUGCGUGCGCGGUUGUGUCUCCGCCAACACUGCUGCGUGGACGAAGGAAGACGAGGAGAGAGCAAAGGGCGUUCGUUCGCCGGCACGGCUCUGGAACACUCGGGCGCAAGAAAAACAUCUGGGAUGUGGUAGAUUUUUCGCGGACCAAACUCUUUGCCAGGUUAAGGAAAAAAAAAAGAAAAGGACGGGCACGGGGAAACAGAACCUUGCAGACAGUCCUAGGACGCUUAGAGCAUUUAUAUAAUCCAAACGAGGUGAGACUGGACGCUUAGAAAGCUUUUUAUAAAAGAGAAAUAAACUCACGACAUCGCA